AAUUUGCCGUCCGUAUAGAACGUUAUGCAUUGAUUUUUUUUGAACAAAAAAAGGCUGCCGUCAUGGAAACCAUUUCUAUAGAUGAGGGAAAAGGAAAAAUGCUGUAAUUUUCUAAACAAAACAAUUGAUUUUUACGAUUCAAGCAAUCCAGUUUUAAAGACAGAAGAAAAUGUCUCAAGAAAAAAUCAAUCAACGUUUGAUAAAAUCAAACAUUGAUCAAUUAAGCAAAAUAGUGAAAAGACCGGCUGUCACCGAAAAGAUAUUAUCACGUCCACCAUUUCGAUUCAUAUUCGAUCUGACUACAAUGAUCAUCAAAACAACUGGAUAUCUUCGUGGUCUUUAUAGUGAAGAGGAAUUCAAUUUCGAUAAUGUCAAUGCCAAUAAAGAGAGAAAAAUGGCAUUCCUGGACAAACUAAUCGAUGUGAUUGGUUUGAUCAAUGGUAAAACAAUUGAUUGUAAAUCGGCUAAAAUCGUUGCAGGAGUAGAAGUGGAAAAAACUAAUAAACUUCUCAAUGAAUUCGCUAAAUGUGUGUUGGAUAAGAAAUCAUUUCUAGAAUCAGUGGAAAAGGUUCGCAAAGGAUCAAAAAAUACGAUCGAUAAGGUGGACAAUAAUAAAGAAAAAAUGACUACAAAAGCCGUUACCGAUGUCAAUGAUGGAAAAAUCAAAUCUAAAAAUACUAAACCAAUUACUAAGCCAACAACUAAAGCCACUGCGGCUGGAAAAACUAAACAACCAAGCCAGCAAGAAAGAAAAUCAACAAAUGCCAAGACAGCCGAAUCGCCAAAGAAUGAAAUUGAAAAACCAAAUAUCAAAAGAAAAGAAUCCAUUAAUGAAAUAUACAAAAAUCAGAUUGAAGCGCAAGAAGAAAACACAGAGGAACUUACAAUUGAUUCUGAAUUAGAAAUUGUAGGUAAAGAAAAUGAGAAUCGUCGUCCAUCAACGACAACUAAAACAGACAUUCAAAAUCGUGAUGAAAUGAAAAUGCAGGAAAACGAUCAAGUUGACAUCAAAACACAGGCUGUAAUGGAUGAUCUUGAUGAUGUGUUAGGACAAUUAUCAUCAUUAGAUAAUGUUAACAAUAAUGACAACAAUCCUUCACUGAUGAAUGAACCACAAAUCAUGGAUGAAGAAUUGCCAGUAACGAAUGAUGAUCACGAUAGUGGACAGAAUUCAAUUGACAAGGAGUUUGAGAAAAAUUUCUCAUCUACCGAGAACAAUCGAUUGAAAGAAUCAAUUGUCGGUAUUGCACGGAAUCAUAAUGAGGAUAUCUCUACCGUAAAACAAACAGAGCCUCCGGUCAUCGAAUCGAUCGCUAUUCAUCCGAAAUUAAAUGAUUUAUCGUCAUCAAAAGUCAUCACUAAUAAUAAAGAAAUUCAAUCGAAUCGGCCAAAAAAUCGUGAAAAUUCUAAUAAUGAUCUGAAUAAUAAUGUUAAUACAUUGGAGAAAUCAGUGGCCGAUAUCAAUAAUCGUAUCAAAUCCAGUGCAGCAACUAGAUCGGCUCGACCAAAAAGCUCAAGGCCAGCUCCUCCUCGUGUAAUGACCGCAUCCCGAUCUCGAUUAAGUCAAUUAAUGGAAAAUCGUACAGAGCAAUUAGAAUCGGAAAGUACGACGACAAAUGCAAAUGUUUGGAUACCCGAAACUGUGGAUGACGAAUCGGAUGAAUUUUUGAUAAGUUCACAGAAGCUUCAAGAUUCAUUAACGAUGGAUUCAAACAAUCGUGAUCAAAAGACUGGUGAUGCUGAUAUUGGCCAAGAAGAAUUCGAAAGUAAAGGUCAUCUUGUGCAGCAAUUAAUGGCAACAAAAAAUGAGCUCGAAGGACAGAUUAAAGAUCUUAAUCUUGAAUCCAAUAAAUCAUAUAAUCAACAAUCAGCGACAAUGAUUGAUGAUACAAAUCAAUUAAAGAAUCAGAUACAAUCAUUGUGUCAAUCGAUUGGAACGUUGACGAAAGCGAUGGGCUAUCUUCAUGAAGAUGUUGAACCAAUGUUGAAUGAACUGGUAAAAUGGCAAACGGAAUUUGAAACUAACAAUAAAAUCAUAAUGAAGAUUCGUGCCGAAAUGAAUAGCGAUUUGGAACCGUUACGUAAAGAAUUGGAGCAAACCGAAAGACAAGUCGAUGAUUUUGGUGAUCAAAUUCGUAUGACUAAAGCGAAUGUAUUUCGUAAUGAACAAAUUAUUUCUAAUUUGAUCCAUUCGGUUUGAAUGAUGAUUACUACAUGAUGACAAUGUUUACCAUAAAAACAAAUAGAUACAUGCUAUAUUUACAAGAUUCGGGCGUCGGCUAUAAUUGCUACCCAUUUGUUGAGUUUAUUCACCCACAUUCUUGUUUUCAAUUAAUUAGAUAAAUCGAAUGGAUACAUUGUAACCCCGUUACACAGAAAUUGUAAAUUUUUAUUAGAAGGGAAAACACAAGAACUCCACAAAAUACAAAUAUAUCACCAUUUAACAACAAUAAGAUGCAUUGAUCAUUUGCAAUUGAUACACUCGCUGUUGUUUCUUUCUACACAGUUAAUUAUGUUGGAUUCGAUGCGAAAACAAAACAAAAAAAUCAAAAUUCUCUAAUGAUUUUCAAUCGACCGUCGUUUUGUUUUUAUAUCGGUGUGAUUGUCAAUGUCCAUUUAGGUUAUCAUAUUGCUCUUCAACCAUUCACGAAUAAUGAUCAGCCUCUUAUCAAUAUUGGUUUUAUUUUUUUUGGUCCGAAACUUUCUUUUUUUUCUGUUGAAAUUUUUUCUCGAAUACGAUUCAUUCUGACCUGACAAACAACAAUGACAACUAUUUGGAAUUGAACAAAAAAUCAGUCAAUUGCAUUUGUCCGUUGACGAUAAAUUUGGCAUGAUGAUGAAACGAUGUUGUUCAAUUAGUUUAAUGGCUUUUUGUUGCAGUUGUGGAAUUUUUCAUUCAGUUUUUUUUGCCAUAGUGAAAAAGAAAACAAAAAUUUUGCAACAAAAUUCUUCUUAGUUGUAAAUUUUGAUUAAUUAUCUUUAUCCUUUUGAUCGUUUUCAUAGAUUUUUUCUCACUGAUGUCUGUAUCAAUCAAUGAUGGUUGAUGAAAUAUUUUUUUUAUUUGUAUAUGCUCGAAUGAAUGUCAAUGU